CCCAGGGCAGCUGCAAACCCAGACGAACUAACCCACUGGUAGAAGAUGCCUGGGGGUCUUGGAGUCCUGAAAACCCCACCUGGGAUGAUUGUCCUCCUCUUGAUCUCCACUGCUGACCUGGGCCUAGGAGCCCAGACCCCGUGGAUGGACUGGGGCCCGCCAUCAGUGACGGUGAGUGUCGGGGACAAGGCCCACCUCUGGUGCCUGCACAAUAGCCUCCCUGGCAACCUCAACUUCACAUGGUGGAAAAUCCUCCAAGGCAACGGCACAUGGCCCCCUCGAUUCCAAGGCAAAGGCCAUGGCUCCAGGGGUGAGCUGAUCUUCCCGCUGGCGAGAAAGAACCUCACAGGCCUGUACAUGUGCAAAGUCGAAAUAAACAACACGCUGAUCAGGCACUCCUGUGGCACCUAUCUCCGCGUGCGUGAGCCGACCCCCAGACCCUUCUUGGACAUGGGCGAGGGCACCAAGAACAACAUCAUCACAGCCGAGGGGAUCAUCCUGCUGUUCUGCGCUGUGGUGCCUGGGACACUGCUGCUGUUCAGGAAACGAUGGCAGAAUAUGAAGUUUGGAGUGGACUCCCGGGAUGAUUAUGAAGAUGAAAAUCUUUAUGAGGGCCUGAACCUUGAUGACUGCUCCAUGUAUGAGGACAUCUCCCGAGGCCUCCAGGGCACCUACCAGGAUGUGGGUAGCCUCCACAUUGGAGACGUCCAGCUGGAGAAGCCAUGACUGUGACCAGCCAACCUGGCUGGCCCUGCCUGCUGUGGUCCCGGUCCGGUGUCUCCCCCUUUCCCUAGAACCAGCUCUGUUCACAGUCAUUCCCAGGAGUGCCCUGCAUCAACUUCCCCCUUGGGAGAUCCGCUCUUUCUCCCUCUAGGUUGUCCUCCUCCCCUCCACACAUCCUAAGCGAUGCUCCCCGCCAAUGCCUUUUCCAGGCUCCCACCCACUCACCCACUCAGCUGAUAAUGAGCCCUUAAUUGCUGCCUCUAGGGGCCUGAUUGUAGCAGCCUCGGUGUCACCUCCCCCCUCCCAGCUCUGGCACGGCCACUUAGUGAUAAUAAAUGCUU